ACUCCGCAAACAGUCUAUAUUUGUCCGGUUAGUGAACUGAGAAACAAGCACUUCGGCAUGUUUAGAUUUCUAUAACUAUUUUUUUUCUUUUCCAAAUGUCAUACUUUUGGAGUAGGAGUUAUUUUUCCCCCUGAAGGGAUGGAGCGCGCACUUAUAACACUUCAGACGGAGCAUUCCUAAACAGAAAGCAGUCAAGAAGGCUGUGUGAGUUGUUGGCAGCUGCGAUGUGGUGCAGCUGCAACAGUCGCGAUCUAAAACCGCUGGACAGGAGUCGAGAGCAAGUUACACAUAUCCAAAUAUGCGCGUAGAGUGCACUGGCGAGGUGUCCCUUGCACCCCUUCCGAGAAAACGUUGUCGUGAUGUUCAAUACUUCGGGAAUUGAGCUCACUUUUACCAAGAAAGAGGAUAUUUCCGAAGUUAUCAAUGGCACUCUGCAGCUCAUGUACAACGUCCUGGUCACCGUCAGUCCCACAACCAUGUGGAACGAGUCAUGCGGGGAGCAGCUGCAGGAUUUCGGGCGCCCGGAGAAGAUUAUUAUUGGGGUGAUGUUGGCGAUCAUCACGGCCGUCACCGUCAUGGGGAACACGCUGGUGGUGAUCGCGGUGUGCGUGGUGAAGAAACUAAGGCAACCUUCAAACUACCUUCUGGUCUCUCUCGCAGUGGCGGACCUGUCAGUGGCCAUAGUUGUGAUGCCGUUUGUAAUAGUGACUGACCUCACCGGGGGCAAGUGGCUUUUUGGAGAGGUGUUCUGCAACAUCUUCAUCGGCAUGGAUGUAAUGUGCUGCACUGCCUCCAUCAUGACCCUGUGCGUGAUCAGCGUCGAUAGAUAUCUGGGGAUCACACGGCCCCUCACAUACCCUGCCCGGCAGAACGGUCAGCUGAUGGCGAAGAUGAUCCUGGGAGUGUGGCUGGUGUCAGCAUCCAUUACCCUGCCGCCUUUCUGCGGCUGGGCCCAAAACGUACACACAGCCGGCGUGUGCCUCAUUAGCCAAGACUUUGGCUACACCAUCUAUUCCACAGCUGUAGCCUUCUACAUCCCUAUGCUGGUCAUGCUGGUCAUGUACUACAAGAUCUUCAGGGCAGCUCGCAAGAGUGGCGCCAAGCACCGCUUUAAUGACCUUCCGCGCCGCGAGCGCAUCGAAACAGUGACUAAUGAGGCGCUGCGAAUGCAGGGCCUGAAGCCGCCCGGGGUGGUGGAGGAGUGCGCGUCCUUAUCGCGCCUGCUAAACCGUGAGCGCAGAAACAUCUCCAUCUUCAAGCGGGAGCAGAAAGCAGCGACAACACUGGGGGUGAUCGUGGGGGUCUUCACUGUGUGCUGGCUGCCGUUCUUCAUCCUGUCCACUGCCAGGCCCUUUAUCUGUGGAGUGGAGUGUAGCUGUGUGCCCAUCUGGCUGGAGCGCACGCUGCUCUGGUUAGGCUAUGCCAACUCCCUAAUGAACCCGUUCAUCUACGCCUUUUUCAACCGAGACCUGCGCUCCACUUAUCGUGACCUUCUCCGCUGUCGUUACCGCAACAUCAACCGCCGACUGUCUGCUGUGGGCGUGCAUGAGGCUCUCAAGGUUUAAAGCAGGGUAAUUCAGCAGCAUAAAUUGACCCUCAAAGAGUAGGGCAUGUGCCUGUGCUUGUACACAACGACAGACAGAAUGGGAGUCACUGUUGGUGGCUCUCUGGCCGCCCGGCAAAAGCAGAGAGACGACAGGAUCACUUCAUUGUGUGUGUGACUCAGUCAUUCUAUUUUGGGAAAGAAAAUCCUAGAACGUACUUGAUGAGCUAUUCAAGUCGACACUGCUUUUGUGCAUAUGCCACAAUUCCGUCUUGGCUCUGGAUUUAUGGAAGGAUAAUGUAGUGACAAAGGAAAUGACAUGUCACAAUCACACAAUCAAUCAUCUUAAGGCUUUCAGAGGGUUAAGAAAGCAAACAGAUUUCUGUAUGAUAACAAAAUUGAUGUUUGAUAAGGCAAAACAUUUGUUUUGUUGCACACUGUCUUCUAAUCAUCUUCAUCUAAACAUGCAUUUGAGCACAUCCCAGAUUUAUUUCAAACAGAGAGUCAGAGACACUUGCUGUAUUGUGCUUUGUGCUAGGACGAAAUAUUAUUUAAAUCACUUUUUCUCCAGUCACACUUUUCAAUUUUGUCCUCUCACUAAAUUUAACAAGAGCACCUUAAAUGUUUCACAAAUGUUUACAAUGUGGCGAUGCCAAGGGAAUGGAAGUGGGUGGAAAAUGGUGUUAAAAUGCGACAUGAAGGGAACAUUUUUUCAUUCAUGAAAUCUCAGUGUUUGUUGCUCUAAAAAUGAACUGAAAGUAGUUUGUUUAGUGUCUGCAUGAAACACAUUUGUCUUACAUGCCACUGUAUACAUAAAUACACUGGUUACAGAAUUCAGAUUCUGAAAGUGUAUAACAGUUUGGCAGAAGUGUUUUCAUGUUUCAACCAACACUUUAUCGCACACUUCAAUUCCAAGUGAACUGUAUGUGUAUGUGUCAGAAACCAUGAUACUGUGGACAUUUUUCACUCUUGUUAUUUUUGCCUCAAAUCAAUUUCAUUCCACAUUUGGCUGCUGACAUUAUUGGUUGUAUACAGGUAACUAAACCUGUUGAACUCUGCAGUUUCACUUUAAGAAUUGACGUGAUGUUCUUGAGACUCUUCUGCCCCACAGGAUGCCAACAGCGUUUCUAUUUAAAUUUUGAAUCAGGAUGUGGAUACUUCCCUCCUGACAAUUCUCUCAGUGUCAAAUGUCAUCAGUCGAGUAGUGUGUGCUUUUUCUACCUCCAUUUUUGAGAUUUAUGUACAUUUCCUCCAAACAGAUGUACCGCUGUCUUGCAUCAUUUUAUAUUUAACUGCUGUUUUAUAUUGUGUAAGAUCAAUCUAUCUACAACUGCUCUGUGAUUGCUCUGUUUGACCGCUUUGUCAUUACCUUCAGAAAUGAGAUGGGGAGGUGGCAAAGCAUUUCAUCACUUUGUAAAUAAAGAGGUUAAACACUUGGUUAAAAUGUCA